AAAACAACUCGAAGUCAUUCAAGUCAUAGAGAUAUGUAGAAGCACGGCACUUCUUGAAACUGCUUUCCCCUACCUAGGUACCUUAACGCACUUUCGAGCUCUACGGCGCAAAAAUCAGGUAUCUGCUUAGGUUGUAAUAUGUGAUGACGAUUAUCGCUUUGAGGAGGCUGAUCAGGUACACCUGCAGCCCACUACAUCCCUGAUUACAUACAUCUGAACAGGGAGUGUACACGAGUGAGAGGCCAGGUACCUCCAUGUACAUCCAUCAUGAGUAAGAGGGUUUCGUACAAUUAAGUUAGUCCGUAAUGGCCAUGGUAGUCCGUUGAUCACCAUGUCAUCCAUUUCAACCAGGUAUUUUCAGAUCAGGGUCUGGGUGUUUGGCGCGACAUCCAUUGCAUCAACCCAUGUUCGUUCCCCUCCUGAAUGGCGUCGAUAAUGUGAAAAAACAAAACAAAAGAAUACACCACAAUAUCCUCUCACCAUUUUGAAUUCGUAAGGAGGCUCAGAGAUUCGAAAUUCAGACCGAAGCCGAGCCAUUCGCGGUUGCAAGCUCGAGGGGGCCGACUGCUCGGAGUAGCCCACCAUGGCGCUAUUUCGCAAACGUCACAAGUCACCGAACGUUAUAGAAAAUGAUAAGGAGAGUGGGAGCCCGGUGAACGCAGAGGUUGAAGCAAAGCUCAAGAGAGCGACACGAACAAGACGCACUACCAUCGGCAUCGUGGCAUUCUUUUACCUCUUAGCCAUAAUCUUCUUAAUCUUGGUCGAGAUUGGAAACACAAGCGACAAACCAGUUUUAAGGGAUACAUACAGCUUCAAGCUAGAUCUCAGCAAUAUCCUACCCCAAGCGGCGCCCAGUGGGUUGACACUUCAGAACUCAGUCGCUAGAACCCUAGGGCUUCAUGAUUUCUACCAAGUAGGCCUAUGGAAUUUCUGCGAGGGGUAUAACGAUGGCCAUGGAAUCACUAAGUGUUCGAAACCGAAUUUCGCAUUUUGGUUCAAUCCCGUUAAGAUUAUCCUGAGCGAGCUUCUUUCGGGCGCCUCUAUCGCGCUCCCUUCGGAGGUCAAUGACAUCCUUAACAUUCUUCGCAUUGCCUUUCACAUCAUGUUCGGGUUCUUCUUCGGUGGCCUCAUAUUGGAUGGAGUCCUACUGAUCAUCACACCAAUCGUCCUUUAUUCGAGGUGGUGGAGCCUUCCAGUCGGGCUGCUCUCUGGCCUUUCAGCUCUGGUCGUUGUCGUCGGUGCCAUCCUCGGCACCGUGAUCGCCUACGUAUUCCGCGCAGCAUUGAACUCUCAACCGGAUCUUGGUGUGGAGGCUUCACUUGGGACCCAGAUGCUGGCAUUCCAAUGGACAGCAGCUGGUUUCAAUUUACUUGCCUUCAUAUUCCAUGCCGGAUUAGGCUGUUGCUGCACAUCGCGCCGAGACUUGCGGACUGGCCGCAAGAGAGGACGAGAGAUGCAGGAAGCUGCUAGCCCUGCUAGUCCUGCUAGCUAGUCGAUAUACAAGAUUCGGCGUAUAUAGACGGGAAGAUGUUGAGAUUGAACAUGAUGACAAUUCUGAAUAAACAUUCCAAACUCCUAAGCAGGUCUUCAUUCGUUUCUCGGAGGACUUCAGGAUAUUCACACAGCUAACUCCUAUUUACUAAUGAUAACAUUGGCGUGACUAGUAGGAGAUGAACUGGACAAAGAUAUAACAAUAGAUUUGGGUUGAUAGCAUACAAAGCACUUCUUUAUAAGUUGCUAAAUAAUUGCAGGCACGUGAAUAAAUGAAUGAAUGAACAAUAC